AUGGAAUCCGACCCUACUAGAUUGGAUGUUGAUGACGUCAUCGCUUCUGCUAAGGGUUGCUCCAAGCGAGGUGAGAAGCAUCAACCGUACGAGAUGAACGGCUACCAGAUUGUCGACACAUCCCAGGUGAGAAAUCGUUCGUUUUACAAUUUGGAAAUAUAAAUUUAGGUGUACGAGAUCUACCUCACAGUGGAGCACAACUGCAACCGCAAUCGCACCUACCAAACUGUCACUUUUGAAAAUUUGUGGAAAGUGCCUGUUGGAGCGAAGUAAGCAUAUUUAUUUUUUUUUAUUCAUAUUGGUAAUACACACUGUACUUUUUUCAGCCAGAACAACACCUUCACCAAGAAUAUCGUCCUCGGCUGA